CUGCAACUAACAAACACAUUAGCUAUACGUUUCGGCCGACGAGGUUUUGUGCGAAAUACCGCUGAAACUUCAGACGUUCAGUGCUAAUGAUCAUACAAAAGUUAGACAAUGGCAUUCGGAAAUCGGCCCCGUGAAGAGUUUGAGUAUGUGGUCUAUAAAGCGGCCCCAGCUAGAGUAUGCUUCGGAUCUGCUCUCGAAAGGAAUACUAGCCCAAUCGGUAAACACCUCACUGGUUUUCAAAAACUAUUCACCAUGGAAGAGAACAGUUUGUCGCCGUUUUCUUACGAAACCGAGAGCUACAGGGCGACCUCGAAUGCUAGGAAUGCUCCGCUUCCGAUGCUAACCUUGGAAACAGGAGAAAGAAUAAAAUUUCGAACAGGAGCCAGAUCAGCGAGGUUCAGAGAUACGAUCGUAAGAACACCAUCGCCAACUAGAUACGAGGUAACGUUAAAGUGGGAUAGUGGCAAGGAAUGCAAGUAUCCCUUCAAUAAUAGCAAGGAAGACGAUAGGAGGACCUACAGGCUGUCAUCCACGCCGGGGCCUGGAACAUAUCACAUGUGCGACUGGCAAUGCAGAAAAGCUCUUACCCAAGAUAACUUCGGAAAGCCGACCAAAGAAGACAUCAUCGAGAUGAUUUGCGUGUCUCGCCCAAGACACGAAUGCUCGAAAUGUAAAAACAUAUGCGUUGGCGACUAUUGGCAUCGGGACUACACGACUUUUUUGUGCAUGCCUUGCUGGUGGGAGGAAAGGAAGACCUCUGAAAUAUACAACGCUAAGGAACUGAAGAAGUUUUCGAAAAUCCGAAAUUGCUCAUUCAUGCAUAAUCACGAAGGAACAGAAGCAGCAAUCAACUUACUGCCACUGUCGAGGCUCAAAAAAAAAUUGAGGCUAGAAAGAUAUCUCAAUAAUUUUAUGAGUUGUUAGAUAUUGUAGAUUUAUAAAUGCAUAUAAUAUUG